AUGCAGCUCUCCAGAGCAUUUCUGUUUCAGCUGUGUUUGAGUCUGGCCCUUUCUACUGGCUCCUGCACCUGUAAACCUCUCAAUAAUGACAUCCAAAGUGAGGACUCUGAGGGUUUCUACUCUAAGCUGUCAGAGGAGGACCUUCUGGAAGAGGAAGACACAGACUUGAGGAUGGAGAAUCUCCUGGGAACCAUGAAGGAGGGGUUUUUGAGGAAACUCAACCUGUCAGAUGUCCCUCAGGAGCACAGCAAGAUCAACCCUCCUCAGUUCAUGAUGGAGCUGUACAACAAGUACGCCUCGGACAGCUCAGCAGUCCCUCAGUCUGAUGUCAUAAGAAGCUUCACUGUACAAGAUAUCACUGUCUUUGUGACAAAUGACACAAAGUUAAAGCACAGGCUACAGUUCAAUGUCAGCAUCCCAAACCAUGAGAAGAUCACCACUGUUGAACUGCAGCUCUUUUUCCUGCCAGAUGCCAGGUCAACAGUCGCAUCCCAUCGUUUCAAGGCUACCGUCAAAGUUUAUGAAGUGGGUUACAAUGGUUUGACUUCCACGACCCAACUGCUGGUUGGCAAAGACGUGACCGGCUUGCAGAGUGUGUGGGAGACAUUUGAUGUGACCACAGCUAUUCAGAACUGGAUCAAGUCAGGCCAUGGAACAACUGCUUUUGAUGUAGUGCUGGAUAAGAAGGAUUGCAGGGCUUCUGAUAGUCAAAAUGAAGUAGAUGGCUGUUUGAAUAUGAGUAUGUCUGUUGGAGAAAACACCUCAGCAGCUUUAAUAGUUUUCUCAAAUUAUCUUGGUAACAGAGGAAGGGAAACAAAGAAGGAAUUGAGAGAGAUGAUCUUCCAUGAAGAAGAAACCAUUUUACGCUCAGGUUCCCACUGGAACAGAGGAAAGCAUCUUUCACAUGAGAUCCUGAAAGCUCAGCAUCCACAAAGGAAGAAAAGAAAGGCAGAGAGGGAAUACUGCCGGCGAACCUCGCUCAAGGUCAUCUUUAAAGAUAUUGGCUGGGACAGCUGGAUCGUGGCGCCUCCAGAAUAUGAUGCCUUUGAAUGUCGAGGCCUUUGUUACUACCCACUGACAGACGAAUCGACCCCAUCCAAACAUGCCCUCAUCCAGGCACUGGUCAACAUCAAGGACCCCAAGAAGGCCAACAUGGCCUGCUGUGUCCCCAUUAAACUGGACCCCAUCACAGUUAUGUAUCAGGAGAAUGGGCGUCUCACUAUAAGACACCUCUAUGAAGAGAUGAAGGUGGCAGCAUGUGGCUGUAGGUAG